CACUUUUGGACUCUUUAUUCUUUUCACACGUCUACUCCGCGUAUCUGGAUACCAUGGCCAGCUCGGAACUACAGAUCAUCGGUUUCCUACUCUCACUGGUCGGUCUCGCUGCCACUAUUUCCGCUACUUUCAUGGUUGAGUGGAAGAAACAGUGGCAGGUUAAGUCGUACAAAGCCUACGAGGGUUUAUGGAUGACCUGCACUGGUAACGAGAGAGUUACCUGCGAAUCUUACGAGUCCGUCCUAAAAUUGCCCACUGAGGUUCAGGCUACCAGGGCGGUGAUGAUGCUCAGCAUUUUCCUCUCUGCUCUGGCGGUGUUGGUCUCCACAUUGGGGAUGAAGUGCACCCGCUUCAUGGAUGGCAAGGCCAAGAGCAAGUCCACAGUAGCUAUAAUUGGAGGAAUCAUGUUCAUGGUUUCAGGUUUAUUGGCUGUCAUCAUAACCUCCUGGUAUGUCAAAAUGAUUGUUCAGAAAUCCAAGCAAUCCCAUCGACUGCAAAGCUUUGAGUUUGGGAAAGCAGUGUUUGUCAGCUUGGCUGGUGGCCUCCUCACUGUGGCGGGUGGUGCUUUCCUGAGCUGUCGGAGAUGCUCACGGUCAUCAUCGUCUGAGUCCAUAAGCUCCAACCAGCUCAUUACCAUCAGGCACCCCAAGUCCAACUACGUCUAGUGGAGGAGAGUGGAGGAGGGGAUAGCAGAGGCCUGAACAGAGUCAGUCCAGAGUUGAACAUACAG